CACAAGGCAGCAAUGGAUAACAGAGUGGCUCAGUCUGACCCUGGGAUGGCCUGGAUUCACACACUGCUGCUGGCCACCAGCCAGCACACACAUUAGACUGCUAACGCCAAUGAGCUCCCAUGUGGUCGUUCAGCCAUGCUUCCUGGGUAUGGAUUCUCACCUUUUCCUGAUUUCCAACCCCACCUUCACGUUUUUCGCUGCCGAGGAGAGAGUCCCAGCAUGUGGAUCCCUGGCUCAGGAGAGUCUCAGGCGCUGAGCGAGGCCCAGGAAGACAGGCCUCUCCUCCACCCGUGUCACCACAAGCAUGUCGCUGUGUGCCAGCAGGAAACAUUGGCUUUUAUUGAGCUACAACCACCAGGGACUCCUAAACUAAACGACCUCGGAGAGCCAAGGCCAACUGUUAUUCCAGAUCCAAAAUGCAUAACACACUCCCUGCCAUUGAAUGGUUUCAGACACACACUAAAUGAACUGAAUGACAGCCAGAGUGGCUGCCACAGGACAGACAAUGAACAUGAAAUAACAUCGAAUUUGAACUCUCAUACACCCGUGGGUGAUGGUGAGCUUGAAUGCCAUAAUGGGACUUUGCAGGAGCAGACUGAAAAGCCACGAACUGUCACAACAGUAUGUCGUCCUCUCCACGCAGCUCUUAGCCUGCCUCUAUCAUUCCCGCUGUCCUCUCUAUACACAAACAGAGACUCAUGGGAAUCUCAGUUAACUUGCUCACCAUCCUCACCUGAAGGUCAUGGGUUUCACAGCCCAGACUCCUUUCAGCCACAGAAGAGAACAACGCAACGUUCACUGAAAGAGAAGUCUAUCCGGCGAAAGAUGCAGGUUUAUUCCCCAGACAGCCCAAGCGAUGAAUCUCUCAGCAGCCCAAUCCUGGAUGCAGACUACAUCUUCCCUGGACCUUUUGCAUCUUUCCUGGAGGAGGACCUCAGUGGAUUAUCUUCCCUGGAGGCCAUUUCAAGUCCCUCAUCCACAGACGGUGGUACAGAUCUCGCAAACCUCGAUCAUGAUGAGAUUUUUAAUCUACCUACAGAACCCCUGCAGAUAACAGAGGACUCAAUACUGGGGGUGAGGGAAGAGAGUGGGAGUGUAGAGACGUCAAGUGCCACAGGGGGGAGCUUUUUGUCACGCUGCCGCCAAGGGGACCAAGAACGGCGGCGCUUCUCAGCUUCAGAACUCAUAUCUAGACUGCAGCUGUCUCAGAGGAAGAACUCCUUCACCCUGAAGCUGGGGAAGUCGCUGUCUGCACGGGUAGCCUCCAGGGACAGACAGAGCUCCAACAGUCUCCAACAGUCUCAGCCUGACUACAAGUCGAACUCCAAGCACCGCAGCUCAGGUGGCUCUAGCGAUAGCGCCCCGCACAGUCCUGUAGGACCUGCACCUCCUCUGCCCAGCAUUGACAAUGGGAUGCCUUUGCAUCGGUGGAGCACAAAACUCGGAAUAAGAAAGAAAUCCAUAGAGGAAGACUUGGGCACACUUCCAACUGUUGCUAGUUCGAAUCGCUUAUCAAGGUUUUUGCCUAGUUCGAUUCUGUACCAGGAAUACAGUGACGUUGCCAUCAACAGAGAGAUCCAGAGGCAACAGGGGAAGGAGCCGGGCACAGAGGAGGAGGGGCUCAGGGACGAGGGGUCCGAUGGGACCCCGUCUCCAUCUAAUCUAUCUCCAUCCAGCUCCUUUCGUUCCUCCCGAGGCUCUGCUUUUGCACUGUGGCAGGAUAUACCUGAUGUACGAACCAGCGGUCAGCUCGACAACUUCAGCAAUGAGGAGAGGAAGUUACAGGAGGCAAAGUUUGAGCUGGUGACUUCUGAAGCAUCAUACAUUCGAAGCUUGACGAUCGCCGUGGACCACUUCAUGUUGUCGCAGGAGCUCGCCGAGUGUCUUGGAGCUCAGGAUAAGCAGUGGCUCUUCUCCAAGCUGCCUGAAGUCAAAGAUGUCAGUGAGAGGUUUCUUCAGGACCUGGAACACAGACUGGAGGAAGACAUUCUGCGUUUUGAUGUUUCUGACAUCGUACUGGAUCACUGCCCGGCUCUGCGAAGGGUUUAUUUACCUUAUGUAACCAACCAGGCUUACCAAGAACAGACGUACCAGCGCUUGCUGCACGACAACCCUCGUUUCCCCGGCAUCCUGGCUCGUUUGGAGGAGGACCCCAUCUGCCAAAGACUUCCUCUGACCUCUUUUCUAAUCCUCCCAUUUCAGAGGAUCACACGGCUUAAAAUGCUGGUGGAGAAUAUCUUAAAGAGGACAACACCAGGCUCUCGAGAUGAGGACACUGCCACGAAAGCUUUCAAUGAGCUGAAAAAGAUCAUCAAAGAAUGUAACUCCAGUGUGCAGUCAAUGAAGAGGAUGGAGGAACUUAUUCACCUCAAUAAGAAAAUUCAUUUUGAGGGAAAGAUCUUUCCUCUGAUCUCUCAGUCCCGCUGGCUGGUGAAACAUGGAGAACUCCUGGAAGUGGACACUCAGACGAUGAGCAUUUCUGGAUCAAAGCUAAAGUUACCCACCAAGCCUGUGUACCUCCACCUGUUCAAUGACUGUCUCCUGCUGUCCAGGAGGAAGGAUACAUGGAAGUUCAUGGUGUUCGUACACGCCAAGAUAGGAGAGCUGAAAGUGAAGGAUCUCAGUCAGAAGCUGCAGGGCAUCUCAGGCUUCAUCUUCCACCUGCAGCUGUGUGAAGGCCAGCAGCUCAAACACCAGAUCCUGCUCAAAGCACACACUGAGAGCGGGAAGCAGAGGUGGAUCACAGCGAUGUUUCCAUCUGACCCGCUCGAAGACAUUGAGCAAGCCAAUGAGAAUGAUGAUAUAUCCCAGGUUCAGUGCAUUAGAAGCUACCAGGCCCAAGAGCACGAUGAGUUAACACUGGAAAAGGCUGACAUUCUUCAUGCAAAAACCAUUACAAGUGAUGGCUGGGUGGAAGGCAUCAGACUGUCAGACGGGGAACGGGGCUGGUUCCCCAAAACCUACGUGGAGGAAAUCACAAGUCGCAGUGCGCGCCUCCGCAACCUCCGAGAAAAUAUCCGCAUCAAAUGUGUCACACAGAAACUGGAGGGAGAGGACUGACCAUUUUUACUGCCGCUUAUCCUGUGUCAAAGGUGCAUUCCAACUGCUAAGUUUAAUUUUUAAGCUUCUGGAUCAUUGUGUGUGUGGGACCUUCGUAUAAAAUGCAGGUUCUUAAAGAAGCCAACAUUUUUGACUGUUCUUACUCAUUUCCUUAGCAUUCUAGCUGUGGAAAACAGUUUGAAAUGACAAUAUAAAGUUACUACUGCUCCCUUACAAUUUUAGUGUAACAGGGCCUUUAUACAAUAAAAGUCUGUUGACAACAGCUCACAUUAGGACAUUUUUUAGCAGUUUUGCCAACCUGUAGUCCCUAAACUUUGUAUGAGCAAGUACUUUAUGCAUGAUUUCUGGGAAUGCAUUUCAAUACCAUUUUAAAAUCAGAGAAAACAAUUCAAGCAUCUCUGCUGUAAAUGUGGUAUACAUGUAUGCAAAUUUACCAGCACAGGUAGUAAAUGUAAAAACGUCUAAAGGUAAAUGUGUACAUUUCUCGGUUCACAGGACUUGUAACAGUAGCAUGAGGCGAACUCAAAAUCUGUCUUUAGAAACUUCAAUCCCUCUUUGAGCUAUCUUGUGCAGUAAACUGAGCUCUGUGAGUAGCAGGACACUCAUUCAUGUAUUAUUACCACAUCAGAAAGUCACCCCAGGCAGAUCCUGCUGCUGAGCUGCAUCAGGGCACAACAGAGGCUUUUUAUCUUUUGUCUUUGAGUGCUGCUUUAAUUUCAGUAUACUGCAGUGUUGGUGCACCACAGUGCAGCAGUUCAUUUCCCUCCAUGCGUUAAGGAUGUGGAUUGUUAAAACAAGCUUGCCUCUUUAAUAAAAAGGACGACACCCUUCCUGUAUGUACUCUAAAUAGUCUGUAGUAACAAUUUGGGCUGCAUGAGCUCUGAUGAUUGGCCAAACAAGGCAACCGCAGGGUGGUUUAAGUAUUUUAAAGAUGAUUUUCCCAAUUCUACUGAAACAUAAAUGAAGAGCAGACUAUCCUCAUACAAGGCUGCUCUACACAAGUGCUUUUUUGUCAGUGCCCUAAUCUCAUUAAAGGAUUAGACUGACUAUAUUCUGUAUUUUUGUUAUUGUCAGAAAAAGCGCAUGAAAAGACCUAAGCCAACAAUGAAUCGAUCCUACUGACAGUCUUACAGUCUGUCACAGCCUAAUAGAGCUCAUUCCUCUGUUCCAUUGAGCUGUAUUGUUGUCCAAAAACGAUUAAAAACACACGAGCACUGUAGUUUAGUGUGAGUGAAUUCCACACACACCAUCCUGCUGCUGUAAAUACUGACUAUAGCAGCAAAUGUGUAUUAAUCUGCGGCUGAAAAUAGUCCCCAACAUAGGAACUGGAUAGGGAGAUCUGAAGGUUAAGAAAUGGACUAACACAUUGUAGGUUUUGAUCAAACAAACAAAAAACCCCACUAGCCUUAUCCUUCAAAACCUGGAAAUGGAAAAAUAUACCACCUUCACUUUGGAACUUAUUUACAUAAACCACCUGUUUGGUAAAUUUGCAAAUUUAUCUUCAAAUGUACUAAUUUUAAAACUUUGACAAGCCCCAGUUUAGCACCAGUUGAAUGAAAGCUCCACAUUAUUUUAUUACACUAAUAAUACAGAAUAAAAUAAUGCUGUUAUACACUAAGCACUGACUUACAUUUAGGUCUACGUCAUUCACAACAUUCCCCUCCUGAAGUGAAAAAAUCCCCAAAUGAUCAAUAGCGCAGUAUAACUGAGCUGAGACCUGUUAUUAAUGAACCACUAUAAUCAGCCAUCAAAUGUCAACUCUACCAGUGGCACAUGAAAUGUUUAUAACCCUACUUUUUUCUAUAUCUAAGUUGUUAGUUGUAAUUUAAAUGGUUGCUGUAGCAGCAUGUGUAUUUAUACUCCUCUAGCUGGUUGUUCUCUAAGGAGAUUCUGAUGUAAAUGUACUUUACUGUAGAUGGCUUCAUGUAUAAAGAGUAGAAGAUGGUGCAUUUACCUUUUUGACAGUAAUUUAUAUGAAAAAAAG